AGUUGUACUAUGGCUGAACCGUCUACUCAAGCACCAGAGGUGGCCACACCGACGGCUGAGCCUCCUAAGGACGAGGUUCAUUUCGCGCAUCGUGCGAAGAAGUUAGUGCUGGAUGCUGGUGCUAUCAUCAAACUACAGCGAGCUGACAACUUCGCUAAAGAGCUCUACACUACCCCGCGGAUCCUGGGGGAGAUCCGUGACAGACAGGCCCGUCAGCAUCUGGCCAACUUGCCAGCCCAGCUCAAGGUCCGAAGUCCGGACACAGAGUCCAUGAAGAGCGUCCAAGACUUUGCUAGGAAGACGGGCGACUUUGGAUUCCUCUCUGUCAACGAUAUGGAGGUCAUGGCCCUGGCUGUGAUGCUGUAUGGAGAGAGCGGUUGUGAUAAGGAGCUCUGUAAGGCCCCGUCCAUGGCGAGGUUCGAGGAUGGUGGUGACAAGGGGCGGAAGGCGUUCAGCUGGCGUCCUGAGGGAGAACAGGAAAAGUCUAGAGGCAACACCAUGCUGGAUACCACAGAGAGUACCGCAGCUCCUGUCACUGAAGCGUCGGUCGAGGGUGAUGUGCAGAAAGAUGAGGCUAAUGACGAUGAUGAGGAGGAGGAGGAGGAAGGGGGAUGGAUCACGGCUACCAAUUUCAAGAAGUACGCUCGUGACAACCAUGAGUCGGCCACUAAGGAUGGCGAGGAGGAGACCAUAUCGGAGGUCUCUAUCAUGUCGGCUGAUUACAGUGUGCAGAACGUUAUGAUGCAGAUGGGCGUCGAUGUCCUGUCCUUCGGUGGAUUCAUGAUCCGUUCAGUAAAGCUAUGGGCUCUACUUUGUACUGCAUGCCAUACUGUUACUAGAGAUACCUCCAAGGUUUUCUGCAGUAAGUGUGGUAACGACACGGUGUAUCGAGUGCCUGUCUAUGUUGACUCGGAAACACGAGAGCUAACAGUAACUAGGAGUCGUAGAUGGGAGAAGAUGACGUCAAAGAGGAACAAAGGAUCGAUUUGGUCUAUCCCGAAGAAUCGUGGAGGCCGCCAGAGCAACCCUCUGAUCCUUGCGGAGGAUGAGCUCCUCAUGUCCGGCCGAGACAAGGAGUAUCGACGCAAAUGCAACCAGUUCGAGAAGGAGCGACAGCUGCAUAACCCCUUUGCCUCGGACUCCCUCUAUCAGGCUGAUCCCCUUAUGGGCUGGUGCGCUAGGAGUACCAACUCUAGGGGCAAUGCCUUGCUGGGAGACUCCUCCAGCGCUCCGAGGGUGGAGGCAGGUUAUGGUCGCCGAAACCCCAAUCGAGGCAACUUCAAGCAUACCAAGGGGAAGCGGAAAUGA